UCCACCACCACGACAGUGACAGCCGGGAUGUUUCACAUGCACGUGUCCGCAAUACGACGACGUCUUGCGCGUCUUCGUCUACGACACUUUGUAAUGGCGAGCUUACCAUUCCUCACCAUUGCCUUCAUCCUUGUGUAUCUCAGUCGGGAAAACGUGUUCAGCAGUAAUAGCUGGUCUCCAUCACUUAAGGAUCCGCACCCGACGUAUUCAUCAUCAGACGUGCAGGUACAAAUGGAACACAGACGUGAGCAUGCGCAGGAGGCCUGCAAGAGGCCGCGAGAAGCGGUUAGCUGGUUUACGCUAGCCAUUGUUGUAUUUCGUCCGCUAAAAUUAGCAUUCUGUCACGUGCCAAAAAGUGGAACGACCAUAUGGACAAGCGUUUACCGAUAUCUCAAUCAAGAUUUGUUCCCAGGCUAUCUCAAGAACCCCUUCCAAAUGCGAAAAUUCUACGUCCAUCAUACGAAGAUGCGCCAUUUUGAAACGCUGGAUAUUUUUCACGAAGGACAUGGCUACUUGGACACUUCAUUUAACGUUUUAUUUGUCCGAGAUCCGUAUUCGCGACUUUACUCUGUUUAUUUAGAAAAACUUUAUCUUCCAGACAUGUGGAACGAUCUUGGUGUUGAAAUUGUGAAACGAUUCCGACCGUCUGCCACAAAACGUUCACGUCUGUGCGGAAAUGACGUCACUUUCGUGGAGUUCAUCCAGUAUGUUGUCCAAUCCGGAAACGAACCACUUGAAUCAACACGAUCACGUGUCGCCUAUAACCAAUCGCUGCCACCCGUGUGGAAUCAGGUACGACGUCAUCGGGAAAGAAGAAACAUUUUCAAGAGACGUCGAGUACACCCUCAACAAAUCUGGUUUAACUGAACUUGUACACAGAUUUCGCGAAACUGACUGGGGGGAAAGGUUGAUACGAGAUUUGGUCCAUCAAGGAUUUAUGUCGUCGGAACAUUUCGUCAAUCGGGCGUGCGUUAAUGUCGAC